UUUCGAUUUACAUAGGUAUUGUCCUCCGAUAUGUAUAUAAAUAUGAUUAAGUUAAGGGAUGUACACUUGAUGAGCUGCCUGAUAAGUGGUGCCGCUGACGAAGACCAGGUUCUGCAGUUCUGUUGCCACGAUCAACGCAAGGAGCUGAGCUACAGCGAAGACCUGCCGGUGGCCGAGUUCCUCAAGCGCAUUAAGCAACUGAACAAACGCGUUGAGUUCCCAGCAGAGGCUGUGCGCACGGCCCUGAGCAGCGCCCAGCCAGCAGAGGCAACAUUUCGAGCAGCCUCACAGAAUGGUGCGGAAGGGCAGCAGGAGACGAACCAGGACGACGAGCAGCUGGAGCGGCGCACGGUGCUCAGUUUAAAGUAUCGCAUUGAAGGCACGCCGGCGCCUCUGAAAUGGGAGUGGCACCUGACGUCCACGGACAGUGUCCUACUAACAUUCUAUCGUCACAUGUUGAAGAAUGCACUGCAUACAGCCGCCAGUCUAAGCAAAAAUGUGCACUACCUGUUGGAUAUUGUUAAGAAAAAGGAUAUAGAAGUUCAGCAAUAUCGCCGGGAUGGUGCUCGCCACUGGAGGACUACUGUGGCAACGGAGCCCUUCGACGUGGAGGCUUUCAGCGCCCAGAAUAAACAGUUGCUGUCCGCUGUGGCUGCCUUUGAGCCAGCCGAACAAAAGCUGGAUGAUGUACCAACGGCCACAUCCACCAUUAAAAGCGAGUCAGCGGGCUGCUCCACUAACGUGGCUGCCAAAUGCUUAAGUCCACGCAACAGAAAGCGCAAGGCAAUGGAAACAGGCAAACAACAUGUGGAACGUAAGGUGCUGCAGCGUCGUCGUGUACCACAGCUUCAAUACAAGAGCAGUGAGAGUCAGGAAUCCGAAUUGGAUGCCAUGUUUGGUCAGAUCAAAGCCGAAUCAGUCAAGACUGAGGUUGAGUCAACGGUGCCCGAAAUCAAGGAGGAGACAAGCUCAGACGACGAAGCGCCCAAAACAGAGCUGGAUGAAAUAAUGCAGUUGAUCAAUCGCACGGAGGAGCAAACCAAGAAAAUUCUUGAACAACAUCAAAUCACUUAGAAUCGAUGAAGAUGGCUGUAUUCAAAGCUCUCCCUCUCUAUCGCUCUGUCUCUCU